CCCAAAGAACCAAAUUUGCAGCUCCUGGAACCGAAAAUGAGAAAAUUCGUGUGCUCCGUUUACGUCCUUCUAUACUUGGGGCACGUUGCGACAGGCCAGAUUAUCAAGAAAUCUGACGCAACGUCGUUGGAGAAGUAUAAUGUCGAUCCUGAUUCCAUUACCGUAUCUGGAUUCGCCUCUGGUGGAUCGUUCGCUACACAGUUUCACUUUAGCUACUCAAGUCUAAUAAAAGGAGCAGGAAUUUUUGCGGGUUAUGGGCCGUAUCUAUGCGGAUAUGAAGGUGUCGAAUCAAUGCUGUCGUGCAUUCGAGACCCCAAUCUGGUCAACAUGGCAAAUUUACUGCAAAUGGUUGACAACUUUUCGUCUUCCCAUAAAAUUGACGACAUCACGAAUCUCAAUGGUUCCAGGGCCUAUGUGAUUGGUGGGACGAGGAAUUUAGUCGUUAAUCAAGGUUCACUCAGACUUUUAAGUGGGAUGUAUAAACAUUUCGGGGCUAAUGUUCUAGAUCAGUUUAGCAUUCCAGUCGGGCACGGAAUCCCGGUCAAUAACGGCCGUGGAGCCGUAUGCUCCGCAAUUGCGCCUUGGUCCACCGGAUAUUUAAACGAAUGUGGGUUGAACAGUGUUUUCCAAAUGCUCAACUGGCUAUAUGGUGGUACCUUGGCAACUCCAAGAGCCGGAAUUCAGAUGACAGGGAGACUCAUACCUUUCCCACAAUCGGAUUUCAUAAAAGGGUCGGCUCAUGAAAUUAGCAGAGCAAUGGGAGGCAAUGGGCACAUCUAUGUCCCUAUUGCUUGUCUACCUGAAAACAGGGUCACAUGUCGAUUGCACGUUGUAUUUCGCGAAUGUUCCGUUGGCCCUGACCCUCUCAAACGUUUCGAAGAAGAACAAAAAUUAAUUGCACAGUACGCCGAAGUAGCCGACUUAAACAAUAUCAUCAUGUUGCAUCCAUCACUUGAAUUAAUGCUAGUACCUACUUUCAUGGCCCCAGGAAAACAACAAUAUAAUGAUUGCUGGGAUUCUUUUGGUUUCACGGGUCAAUCUAAUUAUGCAACUAAGGAUGGAGCUCAGGCAAGUGUAGUUUACAGAAUGAUACAGCGCGUCCUUGGAGAAUUUUAGGUUCUCUCAGAUGUGUCAAAAUAGUGCAAGUAGAGAAGCCUCCAAAAUCUUUGAGUAGCAGGAGGAUUUCUUAGGCUGUUCUGAUUGGCUUGUAAUCGCGUCUUAAUUACGUGUGUGAACCAUCCUUUUCUUUCUUUGUUCUUGUAUAGUGUAUAUAAUAAAUGCAAUUAAUACAAAAUCAACUAA